AUGAAUCAUCGUAUGUCUCAGUACUCUCUUCGAAGUCAGAUCAUUGCCUAUUAUAACAGUAUAAAAGCAAUGCUGGAUGACUUCCCCAGUGUGAGAACCAAAUACUUUACCAUAGGAUUGCCACAAGAGAAAAAAGACGAAAAAGAAUCCAAAAGAAAACUUAACAAUGAUCCCAGGUCAUUCCAGCCACAACCUCGUUGCUUGCUGUCCAGUGAUGGACAAUCCUUCUUGAACCUGUGGUUCAUCCCUCACCCUUCAGAAACCCUAGCUGCAUUUAAAAUGCUGCCAGAGAAGAUUGGCUGUAGCGCCCUGCGGCACACAUUACAGAUCGUGGCACCUUUUCAUGACAUUAUUUCAUACAUUUUCAGUUUUGCUCAGCUAGGAAGUGCACCAGGCUGCUUGGAUUACAGGUGUCCUUCUGAACAUCUCACAGCAGACUGGGGAGGGACUGAGCAGAUUGGAGUUGAACUUCUUGAAAUACAGAAAAAGAUAGACAGCCUUUCAAAUCCCUCAGAUCCAAAUAAAGUAUCUCACAUGUUGAUCAUGCUCAAAGAAAUGAUGUUUCUUCAAUUUGAAGCAGCAGUUAGAUAUUCAAUGAGGGAAACAUUUUUAUCAUCUGGAAACGUUUCUGCAUAUCAGAGUAUUACAGACAACAUUUACCACGCGUUACCUCCUAUGAGUAAUGCAGUUUUUGGAAGUGCAUUUGCUUCUUAUCUCCAAAUUCCACAGCUAUUAGAUCCACAUGGCCAGAGAGCAUCAAUGUUGUUUCCCUGGAGGACAUUCCUAGCAAAUGGAGGUCUAUUUCCUGUCACCAUAAGCAACCUAAAUCCCAUAAAUUCUAGCAUGCAGUUAUGUCUAUGUGGCCUGAGUACUGAGGAUCAAAAAGUAGCUCAUGGAGAGCUGACUGGGAUACAGUUUAUAAUGGAAGAUGUUCUUUGGAAUUCUGAAAUUCUCACUGAUCACCGAGAAGUGCAAAAACCUUUCAGAAAGCAGGUUUCAGCAACAUCAACUGCUGAAGCAAAAGGAAAAGCUUUGAAAGCACUUCCUGAUACAAUGACCUCCUGUGCCUUGCAGAGAUCAUAUCUGAUACGAUGGAAGCAACUAGAAAUGUUAAAGGCAGAAUGGGGAAGACUUAAAUUGAAAGUUGAGGAUAUCAACACAGUUCCUCUGUAUAAGCAGUUUUCUGAAUUGUAUGAGGCUGAAAUUUUAUGUGCUGCAAUGAGAUCCAUAGCCAGACAUUGGGGUAUAGAGGAUGAGUUUGAAGAAUAUGGAACCACCAAUCCAUGUCCACUCUUCCCUAAAGAAGCUUCAAAAAUUGAUGUAAUAACAUACCAGUUUCAAAAACUUUUGGAAAGUUUAGAAAUACAUAUGAUCCAUGAUGUACAAAAGAAAAUUAACAGAGAAAUAACACUGGUGUUAUCUGAAAAAGCAAGAGAAGAGAGACACCUCCCUAUAGAACUCUGGAAGCAUCAUGGCAUGCAAGAAAUCUUCUCUGUUACAAGGCCUGAAAUAGUUGAGUCAUUUAUACAGAGGCUAAUGGAAAAUCACCAAGAGAUUAAUGCAGAGAUUAUCUUCCAAAAGGACCACUUUGAAAAGUGCCUCACUUCUCUAGCUUGUGACAUCAUGGCCAGAGAACGUAGCAACUUUGAAACCUACUCCAUGUUCUAUGAAAAUCUGCUCCAUCAGCAACAUAAGCUACUAUAUCAAAAAGAACAAGAAAUGCACAUCAUAGAAGACAACAGAGGAACCGCUGAAGUGGAUCUGAGUCAGAUAGCUAAACUGAGUCACGAGAUGAUUCUGGAAAUAACAGCUCUGCGAGCCAGACUUACUGAUCUACAAAGAGAAGAUCACAGCAUCAAAGAGAAGAUAAGAAAAGAAGUUCAGGGGGGUUAUGAAGCAUUGGUACAAAAUAUAUUUUUAGUGUGUCUGCAAAUAAAAGGGAAGGUAGAUGAAUAUCGUCUAAGCAUGAACAAACAGAUGUUAGAGAUCAUCAGUGAGGUGAGAAAACAAGGUGUGGAGAAAAUUAUUAAUUUGAAGAAAAAGUUUGGAUCUACAAAAGAUAACAGAGCACUUGAAGAACAUUUGGCUCAGCAGGGGAAGCUGCAGGAACUACGGGAUGAAAACAGCGAAUUGGAGAAGUUGUUAUGCAAACUUAAGGCCUUUAAAUGCUGGAAAGAAACAAUGCAAAAAGCACACUUUUUGGCCACAUUGCGAGAAGUAGAGAAGGAGGCUAUUCAGAAUAAAAACGAGAGCCUGCAAUCCCAGAUGAUGGCAGAAGAAGAGGCAGUUUUAUUUAAUCAUCAGUUGAGGGCUGCAAGGAAAGUCUUGGCAGAAUCUCAGACCGAAAAUAAAAAGCUGAAGCAACAACUAGAGAAACAGGAAUACUUACUUCAGGAAGCAGAAUUUAAAAUUCAUCGAGAAUUUUGUAAAAGACAGCAACUAGAUUUGAUUAAGACAGCAAACUUGGAAAAAAUGCUGGAAAACCUUGGAGAGAGAGAAGUGAAGUUGCUGAACCUGACAGAAGAAUCAGAAAAAUCGUCUAAAACAAGACACCUUCAGGAAACAAAAAUGAAAAAAGAAAUUCAACAAAUAAGAAGCCAGCUGACCCAGGAACGCAAUUUAAAACUGAAUGCUUUCCAGAGGAUACAUGAACUCCAGUGUCAACUUUAUGACCCAGAAGCUGCAAUUUCCCAGAAACGUUCCCCUGCAGUUACAAGAAUGUCUGCUAAUCUUUCACAUAUUGCCAGAAGCAAACCUUACUCUUUUCCAGGCUCUUAUUCAUGCAGUCAGAAUGCAGAACUACCAACAUUCACAUUAACCAGGGAUUCCACACAGCAUCUUUUGACUGCCAAAAUAAAGUUAGAGAAGAUUCCUAGACCAAAAACAGUACCUUCUGGAUGGAGAAACAGAGUAGUAGAUGCUCUCUUGCCAGACCUUACAGAAAACUCUCAUUCUAGUCUUCCUGUCCAACAAGAACAAAAACCAUCUCAAAAAUAAACUGCUACUGCUUUGAUUUGUCAUUGACCAAGACUGAAAGCAUUACUAUUGCAUAGUUGCUAUCAGUAACUGUUAAUAUAACAUUUCCUAUUAUAUUUUCUUCAAAUCUUUGAAUAGUGACAUCAAAAUAAAAAAUUUGGCUUGAUCCUGCCACACUGAGGUUUUGUUGUCCUUCUGGGAGUUACAGAUUAUCAUUACUAGA